ACCUACAUUUAGACGUUGUCAAUGUCACGAAAAUCUUUUUGAGGUACGAUUUAAAAAGUGUGCAGUAAUUAAUAAAUACUGUUAAAUUAUCCUUAUUAACCUUAAUCAUACAAACACAAUGGCUACAAGUCGUUUGGAAAGAAUUGGUACCAUUUUCACACGAGUGGAAGGGCUAAUAAUGCGUGGAGCCAUGAAACCUGAUGAUAGACCUUUGUGGUUUGACAUUUAUAAGGCAUUCCCGCCAAUCGUGGAACCUAAAUUUGCGAGACCAAAGCCAGAGAACCAGCAAAUAAGACCCAUUUUAUAUAAAGAGGACGUCAUUCGGGCUAAAUUUCAUUCGAAAGGCCACGGAACAAGUGCAAAUAUGCUAACUCCAGGUGGAGAAUCAUAUACAAAACGACUAAUCCAAAAGUAUGAUCAGUUGAAAUCGGAAGGAGUAGCCGAAGAAGAAAUUAUUGAUAAAUCAGUGGCCGCUGUAACAAGUGACCGGAAGACAGAACCCUAUGUGGCUAAAAAUCCGGAAUCUGUUUCUUCCAGUGUUUUAUCAGAGGCAAACAUCCCAAAUAUUUUUAAAGAACAAUAAAAGUUUGGCUCGUUAAUUAUUUCACUAUUAGUAAAUAUAGUUUAGGUAUUUGUUAAA